CCUCUGCCUUGCUAGCAGGGUAAUACGCGGACAGUGGCCGAUCCGACCCGCUCAUCAUGUGGCGAAGGCUUGUAGCCAGGACUUGGAGCGUUUGCCUGGAGCACUUCGGGGCUCUGAGCCACCCCUUUGGGCGGGUCUCCCUCAGAGGGUGCAAUAGGAGAGGAGUGGUGACGGUCUCGGUCUCCCCCGCCGCAGGUCUGGCCGAUCAGCCGGCGAGGAUUACGGUGUGGGGACUCGAGCCUUUGCAAGAAGUGACUCUUCGGGCGCUGGUGGUGAGUGAGCAGGGCAGCCUUUUUGAUUCCUGCGCCCACUACCAAGCAGAUAAACGAGGAGAGGUAGACCUGUCCAAAGAUGCCUCUAAGGGAGGCGACUACAUUGGCUUUGAGCCCAUGGGGCUGUUCUGGAGCCUCUCCCCUGCCGCGAUGGAGAAGCCCUACCAAAGGCUCGAACCCUCGAACGUGGAGAAGGCGCCCAUAACAGUGGACUUGUCUGUGCACCGCGGUUACAGCCAGCCCGGUGCUAUCCCUGGAGAGGUGCUUGCCAAAACGAGCGUCGAGAGGUGGUUCAGUCUUCCCAAAAUGAGGAAGGUUAGACUGAAGGAAGGUGUGGUGAGAGGCAGCCUGUUCCUCCCCCCAGGAGAUGGACCUUUCCCAGGAGUGAUAGACAUGUUUGGUGAUGAAGGUGGGUUAAUUGAAUUCCGAUCCAGCCUUCUGGCUACUCAUGGCUUUGCUGCUCUUUCUCUGCCAUACUUUAAUUUUGAGGAUCUCCCCAAGGUCAUGGAGGAUUUCCACCUUGAGUACUUUGAAGAAGCAGCCAGAUUUCUGCUGCGUCACCCAAAGGUUAGAGGGCCAGGAAUUGGUGUUGUUGGAACUGGGAAAGGAGCAGAACUGGCAGCUUCAAUGAUGACCUUCUUACAAGAAGUGGUGGCUGCUGUCUGCAUUUCUGGCUGCAGUUCCAUCACAGCCAGUGCUGUUCAUUAUGGCAAUCUGACUCUGCCUGCACUUAGCUUUAAUAUGAGCAGGGUCCGUAUUUUGGAGAAUGGUGUGCUCGAUAUUUAUGAAGCCUUGGAUGAUCCAACAGACCCAGCUAACUCAUGCUGCCGCAUCCCCAUAGAGAAAGCAGAGGGACAGUUUCUUUUUGUGGUAGGGGAGGAUGAUCGCGUUUGGAAGAGUUCUUUGUAUGCUGAGAUAGCCAUUGCAUAUUUACGCCAGCAUGGGAAGGACAACUGUAAACUCUUGAGUUACACUGGAGCAGGCCAUCGAAUUAAUCCAUCUUUUUCUCCAGUUUGCCUGAUAGCCUUGGACCGUGUUCUAGGGGUGCCUAUUCUGGGUGGUGGAGAGAGCAGAGCUCAUGCCCAUGCCCAAGAACAUUCCUGGGGCAAGAUUCUUGAGUUUCUGCACUUCCACUUGAGAUGAGAAGCACAAUAAAAUAAUUGAACCCUGAGAGAAGAUGGGAGAAAAUAAUCCAAAAGCUACUAAAAUCUGACUCAGACACUGAAAAAGAACAAUGGAAAGAGCUAGAAUAUGCUGUGUAUGUAUAGCCUCGUUAAAUAGCCAUCGAAGUGUGUGUCAAGAUUGUUUAUUCAGUGUGGAAUGGCUAGAGGAAUUUUGAAGCACUGAAUGGAAAACAUGGAAGAUGAAAACACACGUGUGGUAUAUGAAUGCAUGUUUCUCGGUAUAGAAAUUGGUUGUGACUGUUGAACCAUAGACCUUAGUUAAUGCAUCUGAAACUGCAAAUCUUGGUCAACAUCUAAAAAAUUAAAGGUGGAACUGCAGCAAACAGCAGCAAACAGUCAGAAAAGAGGAAACAAUUAGUGUACUCUUCAACUCCAGCUAUAGACCUCAGCCAUUUUGCAGUCUCUAAUCCUAAAUAUGACUGUUUUUUCUUCUCUAAAAAUUGUAUUUCUUGAAUAUGCUAUUCCUAGCAAACACAGCCAGUGUCACUAUUUAAAGAAAGAGCUAAAGGACUAUUUAAACUGUAUGGACAGAAAAAUGUGGGAGCCAUCCACAGCUUGACCUUAAAUGAAAAGCCAUUAUAGGUCUUGAUUCCCUAUUCCCAGAGCAGCUUUGCUCUAUGCCUGGUAUCUCCUUUGCUGAAAGCACUGAAAAAGAGGGCAACAAACAGAAUUUAAACAGAGAAAUGCCAAGACUACUGUGGAACUCUACGCCUUUGUUUUAAACUUAAUUUUGCAUCCACCAAAAAAAGCAGUGAACUCUGCAAACGUUCAGCUCUGGCUCCAAGUGCCAUAGGGGAAGGAUUACCAUUUGUCAUGCAGUCCAUGAGCUAUACACAUCCUGUGCUUAAUUUUUUUGUGGCUGUCAGUAUCUGGCUCUGCAGGUGCUAUGGAACUAAUCUCAUCUCUAAGCCAAUCUUCCUGGGAAAAGUUUCUUAAUUCUACUUUUUGUGUGUGCUCACAUGCUCAAGAAUGGAAGAGAGGCAGAGAAGAGAUAGAGUGGCAGAGAACAAUAAAGACUUAUGCAAUUCUUCAGUGGUUUAAGCUCUGCCCAUUUUCAGUUAUGACUCCACCACCACAGUUGACUUUUGUCAUGCAUUCGUAGCUCUUCACAGGAACGAUUCCUAACCUGUUGCGUUCAUAAAAGGAAUUUAUCAAAAUUGGACAUUCUCAUCCCUCUUACUGGGAGUAUUUCUUCCUUAUGAUGGCAUAUUUAACUGUUGAAUUUUUAUUACCAUUAGCAAUAUUUCAUUACAUCCUGUUCUACUUUUGUUCUUGGAUUACCUGUUUUAAGCCAACAAUGACUCUUGGAUUUAACUAGGAUUUUCACACUAUUUUCCUUUCAAUCUGCUAUUACUCCCAAGUUCUAGUAUGGCACCUUGACCAGAUUUUGACAGUGCAGGCACACUCGACUUUAGCUUUUCACCUUUUUCUGAGGAAAGUGACAGGAAGAGCCCUAAAAAUGCUGAGCUAGAUUUAGCAACCAAGUAUGUCUGGAAGAGUAUAAAUUGAAAUGUAUUUGGUCAGUGACUAGUGACUUCUACAGCAAUACAUUCUAGCAGAAUUUUAAGUAUGAGAGGACUUUUCCAUUUUCAUCCCCAAGGACCAUUUUUAUUUCUUUAACACUACAAACUGGAGAAAUGAAAAAAUGGAUUCUGCAAUAUGAAUAAAUAACAAAGAUUUUAGAUCUGGAAAGAUCAUUUUUAAAAAGAUUUUUUCAAGGGACUUUUUUUAUCUCUUAGUAAGACUCCUUCCCCCACCCCACCCCUCUCCUGUCCGUUUGCUGAUUGGCACUGUUGAGAAGGUAAUACAUUCAUGGUGAGAGCAAUCCUAGAAGUCCCUAGACAUUGUCUGAUAAUUCAGAUUCCCAGAUCCUUACUCUGAUCCUGCUCUAGACCACUCAUAGCUGGUGCAGAAAUAACUAUCUCAGUUGCCUCUGCGAAGUCAGGAACAUAACCUCAGGAGGGGCUAAAGGGGGGGGGGAAAGAGGAGACUGGGGCUGCCAGGAUAUGUGAUUUCCUGCUAAUGCCUCUCCAAGGUAGCCAAAACCAGCCAAGCUAAAAUGAGGUGCAGUGAGGUAGAGAGCACCUCUGCUACUCUUCUCACUUUGCAUGGAGGCUCUUAAGUUUCUGAGUUGGAGAGCUUAGGAUGUACCCUUCAUAAAACCUCCAUUUGUGGGCAUAAAAACACUUGUUUGUAGAUCGGUGUCAUGGUUUUGGAUUUUACGGUUUCAGAUAGUGAGUGUCAGUUCUUAAUGGCUUGGAGCAAUUCUUUUCAAAUGAUGUCGUGAAAAUGUGAUACUUGGCUAAUUUAUAAAAACACUAAGAUUGGGCAAAAAAGUACCCAUGUUUUGGUUAAUGUGCUUUUCCAGUUGCUACUAAUAAACUGCUUUUAUUGAUGGUUUUGA